AUGCUUUCUUCGAAUAUGAUCACCUUUAUAUAUCAAAACUCCGUCCAUGUUUAUGAUCAUUUUCUCACUCAAAGAGAUCAUCUUCCGGAAUCUGAUGCCAUCCUAAAUCUAUUCGACCUGCUUAUUAUUUACUUUUAUGUCAUCCUUACUCUUCGAUGCAUCACAAUUUAUUUUUCCAUCUUAUCCCCAGACUCCUCAUGGUUGAUAUUGAAUACCUUUAGUAUUACCCACUCCUUUUUGAAUACUGUUCAAAAUUUCGUCCAGGGGUCCGACUUCCUUCUUGAAUUACCCAUGUCAUCUUCCUCCGAGACUGAGUUGAAAAGCGAUCCCGCCGUGACUUCAAAGUUCAGACUGUUUAUCCGAUAUUUGAAUUUCAAGCCAGAAGCGGUUUCGCUUGAAAAGAUUCAAAAAUGCCUCCAUCUAAUAUACAGGAAGUUUUCUUCGAUAUUACGGCCACAAAUACUUUUCGCCAAAGCCCAGCGUUUUGUGGCGAAAAAGACCCGACAAAAGGCACUCUUAUGUUUGGCGGAAUCUGCGGAUAUCGGAAGCAGUUUUAAAGCGGCACAUGCCUCUACAACGGAUAUUUGGAAGUGCUCUCCGAGAAUUUGGACGUGGCCGUGGUUAGGAUCGCUCUGCAGCUAUACCCGGGACCCACUUGGAUUUAUUCAGAGACAACAUCAAUCUCAGGGUGAUGUGUUUACAACGACUAUUUUGGGAUAUAACUGUACCUUCAUCCAGUCCAAUGAUUACAUUCAAUCAUUUACUACCGCCACGCGAAAAGUUUUGGAUGUCACGGCGGCCUACAAGCUCAUUGCUGCACCGCUCAUUGGAGAAGAGGCGUUUUUUGGACAAACAAAGUAUAUGCACCAAGUGGUGCUUUCAAGAUCGAGAACUGAGCAACUUCACCAGCGGCUUUGGGAGUUAGCGGAAGAACUCCUUGAGAUCAAAUGGGCUCAGUGUGUCUCAAGCGGUGAUCAAUCUGCAGUUGGAAAUUGGCGAAAAAUCGACCUUGGUCAAAUGCUAGAUUACGUCAUUUUCGGGCUGGACGUAUUCUUUCUGAUUGGAGAACAAAUGGUCAACGUAAAUUUGGACCGGAUAUCGCACUUAUUUAGAGUUAUGGACUCGGAUCUCAGCCUUCUAGGCAUCCUCUUGCCGAUGAUCAGAGGAGGCCGCUGCCCACGAAAGGAGGCCAAGAAUGAACUGCUGGGGUUUUUGAAACGAGACGUGCAAAGGCGCAUAGAGCGCCGUGUGCAGCACGCUGUCCAUGCGGCUUUUGGACCCUCUGAUUGUGCAGAAAUCUGGCCUGACGGCCCCGUGGAAGACUCUCAAGAGCUACCGGAGAUCUUAUUACGCUCUGAGCUCAAGGAAUUGGAUGAGGCGAUAUUGCUGGAUUAUCACCGUGGAGAAAGUUCAGCCAUCAAAGCCAUCGAUGAAAAGGUAGAAUUUAUCGCUUUGUUCAUUUAUGGGUUCGUUUGGGCAGCCCAAACCAAUUCAGCCGCGGCUACCAUCGGACUGGUGCACGAUAUUCUACUUCACGAUCAGUCUCAAGCCCUAUGCGAGCCGAGACCAUGUUUGUCUCACGCCGAUAAAAUACGACGAGAAUGCACUUUUGCGCUUCUCAAAGACAAUUCCUGUCCCGCGCCAUUCCUGGAGGAUAUGCCGCACCUUGCCCAUUGCCUUAACGAAACUCUGAGGUUGCGUGCGACUGGGGCCUGGGUCAGACUUGCGGACAAGUCUUUCCAUCUCACUCCUCAAGGAAACCAAUCACCCGGCAUAAUCUGCCCUCCUGGCUUCAUUGUCCUCUCACCGAUGCCAAUUUCCCUGAACCCAAGCACCUACCCGAAUCCGAACCAAUGGGACCCUCAUCGAUACGACCGGGCCCCUUUCAUUUCUUCCUCUUCAGCCGCGUGUAGGGAUGCUUCAAGGCAUAUUCCAAUCGACAAAAAGUAUUUGAUUCCACCCACCACGCCAUCCAGUCCUUACUUCGCCUCUUGGGGUUUGGGUCGAGGGCAUUGCCCUGGGAAACACUUGGCUUACAAGAUGAUUUCGAUGACGGUGGCAAGGUUUUUUAAUAAAUUUGAAGUUCGCCCGUUGAAGGAUUGUUUUGAAAACGCAAAUUUCGAAGACGUGGCCGUGGCUGGAGUACAAAGAUUGAAAAAUGACUUUACAGUCCUAAUCCGCAAGAGAUUUUGA